AUGUCAAAUCACCUCUCUGCAAUGCCAUCACUUCUCCAAUUACCUUUCGAAAUCAUUCAGAAAAUUUUCGAUUAUUUACUCUUUCCGAGUGAUGAUCAUUCCUCUCAUCGAAUGUCACACUUUUCCACAACUUCAAAGUUUGCAACAACAGAAAGAAUUCUUCUCGCGUGUCAUCUUCAAAAUAUUCAUCCACUUUUCAGUCAAUCACAACUCAUGACUGAUUAUUUCAAUCGAUUUUGGUGGACACUUUUUCGACAUGAAAUUCAUUUUGGAAAUGAGAAUGAAAUGGUAAUUGGAUCGGAAAAGGAAUUAAAAGAAUUGAAAGAAAUGGCCUGUCAGAAAAAAGGAUCCAAUUUGCGACGAAUGAUCUUGUUGUGGUUGGUUGUAAAAAGAAUGAAAGUGUCACAACAACCUUAUCAAGAGAAUGAAUGUGCGCUUGUAUUGGGACAAGCUGGAGUUGGAAAAACCUCUCUCAUUCAUCAAUUCGUUCAUAAACAUUUUGUGGUUGCCAUGCCAAGUUCAUCAGAGGACGAAACCUUUCGAACACACAUCAUGGUGGAUGGUCAAAUGACAUUUCUUGAAAUUUGGAAUCCCACCGAGAAGGGUGUAGAUUCUUUCGGGAGAGCACUUCCUCUUCAUUACAUUCGACAUUCGAAUUGUUUGGUGUUGGUGUGUUCAACGGCCUGUGUGGUGAAUACUGAAGAGAAUGAACCUUUGAACAUUCAUUCUUCAUAUUUAUCGUAUUUUGAAUAUUGGUUACCUUUGAUGGUGGAAGUGAAAGGAGUGCAUGUGCCAUGUGUGUUUGUGUUGAACAAGAUGGAUUUGAUUCAGAGUCAUGAGUUUGAUGAGGACACUAUAGAUAAGAAGUAUCAUUUAUUACCUUAUCAAUUGAAACAACAGUUGCAACAACUUGCUCAAAAGUAUUCCCUAACCAAUUAUGCCAUUAUUGAGAGCAGUGCGACAGAUUACAACUCUACGUUCAGGGUCUUCGAGGAAGGUGUGAAACGAUAUCGAUGCUAUCAAGGAUAUGCUCAUAUUGAUUUACUGAAACAGAUUGUGAAAAACGAGAAGAAAGUGUUGAAACAAAUUCGAAAAGAGAAAAAGUGUGAAUUCAUGUGA